GCCGGAGCGCACCUGAAUAGCGGCAGGUGAGAGGAGGAGUGUCUCUCCGUUGGCUCGCAAGUGAGGGUUAGUGUGUCUGUUUGUCGUGGGAGCUGCUGUACAAAGCCACUACACGGCCAGACAGCUGUGACCAUGGAGCGACGGGUCCGGCUGGCUGUCCUGUUAGGUCUGGUGGCAGCUGUGGCGGCCCAAGACGCUGCCCCAACAGACGGAGGCGGUGAAGGUGAUAAAGCCGAUGAGGGAGGUGCUAAAGAGGGUGGCGGGGAAGUAGGAGCCUCAACCAGACCUCCCCUUACCGGCAACCCUCAGAUAGACUACUUGGUCGACCCCAAUCUGCCCCAUGAAUUGAUCGGGUAUGACCUGAGCGAGUACCCCUUCUAUAACAAGCUCCCGAAAGACCUACUGGACCCCAAAUUCAACUUCACCUGCGACGGGAGGCACGACGGCUUCUACGCUUCCAUCCCCCAUAAAUGUCAGGUCUACCACAACUGCCUCUUCGGUCAGCGUUACGACUUCCUGUGCGCCAACUACACCGUGUUCGACCAGAAGAACUUCAUCUGCCAUUACGUCAGUGAGGUGGACUGCCCCGGCUCGGAGAAGCACUACGACAGAAACGAUGAACUGUAUGUGACCACCACCACCACCACCUCCACGCAGGCACCGCCACAGAUCAUCUACGUGAACCGUCCCCGUCCACUCCGAGGCCCCGGCAGGAUCCGCCCCAAGAACCCGAGACGCCCCAACUUCGGUGGUGGCGGAGCUGGAGGCGGCGGCGGCGGCGGCGGCGGCGGCGGGGGCGGCGUCGGCCCAGGAGGCAAGCGGCGCCCAGGAAAGCGAAGGCGGACCACCACCACCACGCCUGCCCCAGACUAUUACGACUAUUACGACGACUAUUACGGAGAUUACUAUGACUACUACGGGGAUUACGAGAAUGAAGCUUCCACCACCACGACCACCACCACCACGCCGAAGCCACGCCGUCGGCUAAAUAGACCGCGGCCCGGCAACAGACCGAGGCAGGGAGAGCAAGGCGGGCGGCAGGGAGAGGGUGAGGGUUCAGACACCGGGGAAGGCAGGCCAAGGGGCGGGAGUGGAGGGCGGCCAGGAGGAAGGGGUCGGCCAAGGCAGAGGAACAACCCUACAGAUGCAGAGGAGCCCAUCGAAGACACCAACCCUCGGCAGCAGGGGGGAGGAGGUCAAGACCAGGAUUCACAGGACGCCCAGCCAGACACUUCCACGGGAGGCAGCAGACGCCGGCCUUCGAAUCGUCCCCGUCCUAAGAUAAACCUUGGCCGUAAGCCGACCACCACCACCACCACGACCACUGAGGCUGCCCCGGAAUAUUAUUACGACGACUAUUAUGACUAUUCUGACAAUGCAGAUACCACCACCACCACCACCACCACUACAGCUGCCCCUGCCCCCGGGCGUCGCGUCCGCCCGUCGUCACGCACGAGAUCCCGCGGAGGCAGCGAGGCCGCCGAGACAGAACCGACCACAGACGCUCCCUCAACCCAGAGAGGGAGGGUGAGCGUCAGGAGGACACCCCUCGUCGAUGACCAAGGACCGACUGAGGACGAGGGGGCGGACACAGAGACGGCGUCUUCCCCGCGACAGCAGCCAAAGUUUCCUUCCCGCAGAGGCAGCGUCACUAGGAAUGAACCCGAAACAGCGCCAGAAGAGGAACCUGUGAUCGAGGAGGAAGUAGUUGCCGAGACAGCGGUGGAAGAGCAGCCGACCGGCCCCAGCAGGAGGAGAACCAGCAGCAGGCGGGGCUCUGGCCGUCCGGGCCCCUCGCCACCUAAAGAGGCAGAACCUGAAUACUACUACGACGACUACUAAGUCCGAUAUUUAUUGUGUACAGUCGCUGCACUUCUUGUUUUGUAUAUUAGUUACAUUGUUUAUACCCGACCUUCUUGUAAUAAACAAAAUAAAACAAAACAAAAAUGUU